CAGCCGUCGCCUGGUGGUGGUGAAAGAGGCUCGGGGCUUGCUGGCGAUCUGAACGUGCCUGGUGUGUGUGAGAGCUUCCCCCGGUCAGCCAAAUGCACCUCUUCGCCUUACUCCUGCUAACAUCUGCCCUGGCCAGCCAGAGACAUGCAGCCCGAGCGGAGUCCAGUUUGAGCGGCAAGCUGCAGUUCUCCAGCGCCAAGGAGCAAAAUGGUUUGGCAGCGAUCAGUCUGAAGCAGUGUCUGGAGGCAGCGAUGAACUGGAUGAGGUUGAAUACGUUAAAGCUGAAUCCAGGAGUACAAGAUCCCCAGCAUGAGAAGAUUAUUACUGUGUCUACUAAUGGAAGUAUUCACAGUCCCAAGUUCCCACACACUUACCCACGCAACACUGUACUGGUAUGGAGAUUAGUAGCAGUAGAAGAGAAUGUGUGGAUACAGCUUACUUUUGAUGAAAGAUUUGGGCUUGAAGACCCAGAAGAUGACAUAUGCAAGUAUGACUUUGUAGAGAUUGAAGAGCCGAGUGAUGGCACGAUUUUAGGGCGCUGGUGUGGUGCCAGUACUGUCCCAAGCAAACAGAUUUCUAAAGGAAACCAGAUCAGGAUAAGAUUUGUAUCAGAUAAAUAUUUUCCUUCUGAACCUGGAUUCUGCAUCCAUUAUACUCUGCUCGUGCCACACCAUACAGAAGCUGCCAGCCCAUCUACAUUACCCCCAUCAGCUUUACCAUUAGAUUUACUAAACAAUGCUGUUGCUGGAUUUAGUACUGUAGAAGAACUUAUCCGGUAUCUAGAACCAGAUAGGUGGCAACUGGACUUGGAAGACCUGUACAGACCAACAUGGCAAGUCCGUGGAAAGACAUAUAUUCAUGGAAGAAAAUCCAGAGUGGUGGAUCUGAACCUUCUAAAGGAGGAGGUACGCCUCUACAGCUGUACACCUCGCAAUUUCUCUGUGUCGCUGAGGGAGGAACUGAAGCGAACUGACACCAUCUUCUGGCCACUCUGUCUAUUGGUUAAACGUUGCAGUGGAAACUGUGCCUGCUGUCACCAUGCUUGCAGUGAGUGCCAAUGCAUCCCAACCAAAGUUACCAAAAAAUACCAUGAGGUUCUUCAGCUGAAGCCCAGAAGCGGAGUAAAGGGAUUGCAUAAAUCAUUGACAGAUGUACCCCUGGAACACCAUGAGGAGUGUGACUGUGUGUGCAAAGGGAAUACUGAAGGAUAAAUGUGGCUAACCGUGCUUCUUUCUUUCAAAGUACAUUCAAUCAAUGGCUGGUUCUGUUAUGGGGCUUGUGCAUUAUCUCCUUUCGUAAUCUCAGUUGUUUGCUUUGGGGAUCUUCCAUCUUCAGGAUUUACAGUGAGCUCUAAAGAGAGAAGAAACCAAGAUGAGAUUAUAUGUUGUGUAAAGGCACUGUUGCUUGGAGGCCCAGUCAAAGGAUGGGAGAAAGGCACCGGUGAGGGAUUUUUAAAGGUGUAUAUUGUCUUUUGCAGUUGGCUUGACAUUACACGGAUUUAAAAGUUUAGUAUAACACAUUAGAGUGCUCCCACCAUGAAGACUUGACUCUGCUUGCUGCCUUACUUCUACAUCUCCAAUGCAUCUGCCCUUUGAUUGACAACAUUUGGAAUCUCUCUUACUGUACUCAACCACUCCUACAUGCUCUAAAUCCGAGUGUUCUAGGUCUUACAAACUUGGUUAAAAACAAACUGUCUUAUUCUGAAUUAAACUUAAUUAGGAAAGACUGGAUGUUUCCACACACGCUAUGAAAGUUCCUGCCUUUUAGAAAAAAUGGACUGAACCAUAUGCGUGAAUUAAGGAGGCAAGUAGUGAGAAGAACAGUGGUUUUACUUUAAUUACUAUGCCCACAACUUUUUGUUUGUAUUUUUUAUCGUGUACAUUUUUAUACUCUCCUUUUGACAUAUAACUAUUUGCUUUUUCUAAUCUUGUUAAAUAUAUCUAUUUUUACCAAAGGUAUUUAAGAUUCUUUUUUAUUACAGCCUAGAUCUACUAUAUUUUAGUUUUGUAAGACUUUCAAGCCAGAGGUAUACAGUUUAAGUAACAGAGAUGUGCUUACUGUGGCAAAGCAUCUAUUUCUGAAUUUUCUGGCCCUAGAAAGGAGGACAGAUCUUGGUGUAUGCAUUUAAAUAUAGAAAUGACAAAUGAAAAGAUUUUCAGUAUGGAUGAAGCUUUAUGCUUGCAAGUUCCAUGAUACUGACAAUAUGAAAAACAGAUGUUGCUAUUAACGAUUUCAAAAAUAGCUAUCAAAAUCCCUCUAUAUUCUGGCCUUUUGUCAAAUAGAAAAAAUUAAUCAGUUUUAGUGAGACCAGUUCUGGCUUGUUUUAUUGUUUAAUUUCUUUGAAGUAGAAAAGUCUACAUCGUAAUGAGAAGUUCAGUGGCUUGUUGUCUUCAUGAGGCAGUGUGUUCAUAGACAGGCAGCCAUAUUUAUUGCUCCAGGUGUAUGGUUUUUCAUUUAUGGUUAUGUCCAUUUAAAAGCAGUUGACUCCCAAGAUAUUAACUCUGUAAGUACAGUCUUAUGAAUUACAGUUUUGUUUAUGUAUGGUAUAUCCUUUAACCAGCACACUUAUCCCAUCCUAUGCAAAUUGGAAAGAAAA